UCUGGAGCUGUCAGUUUUCAAGCUCAACGAAUUUUGUACGCGGGUGUUUUUGUUGUCGUCUCCGUAUAGUGCUGUUGAUUUUUCGCUCAAAUAUGGCAGAAACUAAAUAUUCGAGCCAGAUUUCUAGUCUGAAGGAACUGAAAGAGAAAAUGAGCACAAUGUAUUAUGCACAAUCCGCUGAGCAGCAGCAGCACAUACCUACGAACUGGGAAACAAUUUACUGCAGCGUAAACGCUGUAAUGGAACAACUUAAAAUACAUAACCUGAAAGCACAAAGGCUGCAACACACCGAACCAUGGUCCGAAAAGGAUAUGGUAAAUUUGAUGAAGAUUCUGGAGCUCACAUGCAUCUGCUUUAAGGAUUGCGGUUACAUCAACAUGCUCACCGAGAUGCACGAUGAAGUGAACCGAGCGAGCAGUACCACAGCCCAGCAGCCAGCGUUCAGUGAACAAAUGGCCAAACUAAAGCAACAGAUUGACCUUGUAUCGUUCGAAGUAGCAAAACUCCGGAAAGUGAAAGAGGCUCUCGAUAAUAUUUACUCCAACUACAAUAUGGAGCUAGCUGUUUCAUCAAGUGAGCAGGAUAAUGAGGAUGAAGCGGAUGAUGUUUUUAAUUGAUGGCUUCUUCAGUUGAAUCGAUAAAGACGAUAACAAAAAGCGUUGCCUUUCAUUCUCCCUGUCUCGAAUGCUUCAUAGGAAAUAGAUAAAUAUACUGAAAUUCCCUUUUAAGAUGAAA